AAAAUAAUAUUCUACAACACUGCAGCUAUCAUCCAGUCUUGGGUUCCUCCAUUUUAAACUAGCCACAGGGCUCUGCCCUCUGCAUAUCCAACUGCAGAGGGGUAGGAGCACAAAUCUGCUACUGGGUAUCUAGUGGGCAACUUGCUGGUCAAUCUCAUGAGGGUGGGAAAUGCCAAUGAGAAGCUUAUAGAGCCCCAGCCUUUGUCCUGUGUCAUCAGAAAGGGAACACAAUACAGCUAGAAGAGGCCAUCACCCAAGGGUGCAUUCUGAUGUAUCCUCUGGAAAGAACCAAUGUGGACUGCAGGAGGACAAUAGUCUUGGUGGUGCAUGACUUUAACGGUUUCUCUAUCUGAAAGUUUUGGUUUGGAUUUUGGAGACAGGGUCUCAACAUGCACUGCUCUGGCUGUUCUCAAACUUCGGAAUUGGUUAAGGGUGAUUUUGAAUCCUGGUCUUCCUGUCUCCACCCAUGCCCAGGUUUAGAAUAAGCUAGGUGGAGGCAGGAAGAUCAGGAGUUCAAAGCCGUGGCUACAUGAGACCCUGACUCAAAAGAAAAAGAUACUUAAGUGGCAAGGAGACAGACCUGGGCAGGCAAGCUGUCUCUGAUCCAUUAACUCUCCUGAACCUCACUGUAUGCUUUCUAACGCCUCUGGAGGCCGAGGAGCCGCACUACACUUGUCUGCUGGGAGGAUCCAAGCCGGUUCCCGCCGCCUGGCCUCCCGGAAGAGGAGGUUCCUGCUCCAAAGCCUCCGGGGCGUGGCCGCUAUCCAGAGAUCUUCCCUGUGCAUCCACCCGUGGGUCCCGGCCAGAAGCUGCGGCAGCAGGGUCGGAACUUCCACCAUGGGAUGGGCAGGGGAUGCAGGAUGCACGCCGCGCCCGCCUAUACGGCCUCGGCCCGCCUCCGAGCGCCGCGUGGUCACCGUGAUCUUCCUCGGCCUGCUACUCGACCUCCUGGCCUUCACGCUGUUGCUGCCUCUGUUGCCAGGGCUCCUGGAGAGCCACGGCCGCCAGCAAGACCCCCUCUAUGGCUCCUGGCAGCGCGGGGUAGACUGGUUUGCCACAGCCAUCGGGAUGCCAGCCGAGAAGAGAUACAACAGCGUCCUGUUCGGAGGUCUCAUCGGCUCGGCCUUCUCCUUCCUUCAGUUCUUCUCUGCACCGCUCACCGGAGCUGCCUCUGAUUGCCUGGGGAGGCGCCCGAUGAUGUUGCUGUCCCUGACAGGUUUGGCCGUCUCCUAUGCAGUAUGGGCUGCCUCUCGGAGCUUUACCGCCUUCUUGGCCUCCCGGGUGAUAGGAGGCAUCAGCAAGGGGAAUGUUAGCCUCUCCACAGCCAUUGUUGCUGACCUGGGCUCACCUCCAACCCGAAGCCAAGGCAUGGCAGUCAUCGGAGUCGCCUUCUCCCUGGCCUUUACUGUGGGCCCCAUGCUUGGAGCAUUCCUGUCUGUGGAAAUGGUUCCCUGGAUCAGCUUACUCUUUGCGGUCUCCGACAUAUUGUUCAUCUUCUUCUUCUUGCCAGAGACACUGCCCCAGGAGAAGCGGGCUCCCUCUGUCACCCUGGGCUUCCAUGCUGCUGCCAACCUGCUCAGCCCCCUGGCCCUGCUGCGUUUUGCAGCUGUUACCCACAGUCAGGAUCCACCUGCUGAAGGCAGACUCAGAAGCCUACGCCGAUUGGGUCUCGUUUACUUCCUCUACCUCUUCCUGUUCUCAGGCCUGGAGUACACACUCAGCUUCCUUGCACACCAGCGCUUCCAGUUCAGCAGCCUGCAGCAGGGCAAGAUGUUUUUCUUCAUCGGCCUCACCAUGGCCACCAUACAGGGCACCUAUGCCCGACGAAUCAGCCCUGGCAAGGAAGUUGCAGCUGUGAAGCGGGCAUUGUUGCUGCUGGUACCAGCCUUUCUCUUCAUUGGCUGGGGGCACUCACUGCCCAUGUUGGGCUUGGGGCUGCUGCUCUACUCCUUCGCGGCUGCUGUUGUGGUACCUGGUCUGUCCACCAUGGUCUCCAGCUAUGGUUCUCCAGGGCAAAAAGGCACGAUCAUGGGCAUACUGCGGAGCCUCGGCGCCCUAGGUAGGGCAGUAGGGCCCAUGGUGGCCGCCUCAGUGUACUGGCUGGCUGGGGCCCAGGUCUGCUUCACUGUGUGCUCCGGGCUUUUUUUAUUCCCCUUCCUUCUCCUGCGGAAGCUGAGGCAUCCAGCACAGACUUUCAAGGAGGAGUAGCUGAGCUGCCACACCCUGGCUGCCCAGUGGGAACCUGGGCCAGGACCACUCACCACUCCUAGGCCACUCCUUCCUCCAGGACCAGGAAGGCUAGCCACACACACCCCCUCAGUAUGGCGUCCCAGCAGGAAGCCUGGGCAGCUACACUCUUUCUUCAUACUCCAAAGCCUUUUCGGCUUCUGAUUGUUUUUAUCUGUCAUCCUUCUGAAGGACCAAUAAAGCAGCUAUUUUGUACCAUGCC